AUGGUUUCGACAACUGCAGUUGAGAAGCAGGCAGAUACGUUCCUCAGCCCUCUCCGAUCUACACCAUCAUGUCAAGAAGACGAUGAAGAUCCCGGCUUGUCAAAGCCUGGAGACUUUAAAGAGAAGCAGGUCUUCAAAGGACGCAUGCUCCUCUGGCUCGCUUACCAGUCAAUCGGCGUCAUCUACGGCGACAUAGGAACCAGCCCCCUUUACGUGUAUUCGUCGACGUUUAGCGAAGCCCCCUCGCGACAAGACCUCCUCGGUGUUCUCUCCAUUAUUGUCUGGAGUCUGUUCAUGAUGGUCACAGUCAAAUACGUCCUUGUCAUCCUCUACGCUGACAAUGGCGGCGAGGGCGGUACCUUUAGUAUGUACUCCCUGCUGAGCCGCUACAUGAACAUCACGAACCGUGAUCCCCGCGAGGCGUCGCUUGUCCAAAUGAAGAGACAUCCCACAAUGGAUCUUGAGCGGGCAAGCAAGUACGCGCGAUACAGUCUCGAGUCAAGCCCUUUUGCCAGGCGUCUACUGCAGGUUAUGGGGAUCUUGGCGGUGACAAUGGUCAUUGCCGACGGCGUGCUCACACCUGCGCAGUCCGUCUUGGGAGCAGUCCAAGGCAUCCAGGUCGUCUCGCCGGACAUCUCCAGAAGCACUGUGAUCGGAGUCACUGACGCAAUCCUCGUUGUGCUCUUCCUCAUCCAGCCCUUGGGGAUCACGAAGCUCACUUUCGCGUUCUCCCCGGUCGUGGUCAUCUGGCUCGGCAUGAACGCGAUUUUCGGGAUCUAUAACCUUGCCAAGUACGAUGCGGGGGUGUUUGUUGCUUUGAACCCUGGUUUAGCGUUUAGCUUUCUCGCCCGUCAUGGGGAAAAGGGCUGGAGGAUGCUCAGUGGAACGCUGCUGGCGUUUACUGGCGUAGAGGCUCUCUUCGCUGACCUCGGUGCGUUCAGCAGAGGCGCUGUCCAGAUCAGCUGGCUAUGUUAUACGCUCCCCUGCCUCUUACUCGCGUAUAUUGGACAAGCGGCGUACAUCAGUGUCCAUCCGGAAGCAUACUCGAACCCUUUUUUCAAUACCGCGCCUCCAGGCACCUUGUACCCAGCGCUGGUGUUUGCCAUCCUAGCAGCAAUUGUGGCCUCGCAGGCCAUCAUAACCGCCACCUUUCAGCUCCUAACCCAAGUAAUGAAACUCUCCUACUUCCCGCAGUUCAAAGUCAUCCACACAUCGAAGAUCUUCCACCACCAGCUCUACAUCCCACUCGCAAACUGGCUCCUCAUGCUCGGCACCAUAAUCGUCGCCUCGGUCUAUAAAAACACCACCGCGCUCGGAAACGCGUACGGCGUGUGCGUCAUGUUCGUCACCUUCUUCGAUACAUGCAUGGUCAGUUUGGCAGGGAUGUUCGUGUGGCGAAUCAGCCCUCUGAUUAUAAUCUUGCCGUUCCUGACCAUUGCCUCGUUGGACGGUGCGUAUCUGUCCUCGUCGCUGAUGAAGGUUCCCCAUGGCGCGUGGGUGACGCUCGUCAUCGCGACGGUUCUGGCGCUGGUCUUCCUCCUCUGGCGAUACGGCAAGGAGCAGCAGUGGUUCGCCGAGGCGGAGGAUCGCUUCCCCACGUCGCACUUUGUCACGAGGGACCCCGGUAGUUCCGACGAGUCUGGCAGGAUCGGGACGCUACUCCGAUUGUCGGAGCGGUUCGGUGGAGGCGUGCUGGGCACCAUGAAGGGGUUGACAGUCUUCUUCGAUGAAGCGGGUGAAACGACCCCGAUCGUUUUUAGCCAGUUCUUACUCAAGUUCACUGUUCUUCCGGAGGUUAUUGUCUUCCUACAUCUGCGGCCUCUGGAGGUCCCCUUUGUCCCUGCCGAGGAUAGAUUCACCGUCUCGAGAUUGUCGAUUCCAAACGCGUACCGACUGGUCGUGCGGUAUGGUUAUAACGACGAGAUCAUCACCGCAGGCCUCGCAGGCGCCGUAGCGGCCCAGAUCAGGGAAUACCUAGGAGCGCAGAGAACCUUUCCCGAAACCGUCCCAGCAGAAGAAGAGGGAAGCCAAUCCAGCACGCUGAGUUGGGCGAGCCACGGGGCUACAGGUACAGAAAGCGCGCUGGAGCAGUUAGAUCGUGCGUAUGCCCAUAACGUCGUCUAUAUCAUGGGCAAGGAGCAAAUGAAGAUCAAACCCGGGACAAAUGUCCUCCGUCAGUGUGUGCUCUGGAUCUUUCUUUGGAUACGGGAGAACACGCGUGGGAAGAUGAGUUCGCUUGCGCUGCCGGUGAACCAGGUUAUCGAGGUUGGGUUUUUGAAGGAGAUUUGA